AUCCAUUUGGGAAACGACCAUAAAAGUAGCUUUUAUGGCAUAAAACUUGUCGUUUUCCUCUCAGUUGUCACAUUAAUGAAGCCAAGUAGAGUCUAUAAGGUUGUGCGUGAUGUCUUUUAAACGAUUCCGUAGCGUACGAAGCCAGUUUAAUGGCGUUUCCCCACCCAAUAUGAACAAGCGUAAUAUUGAUAUUUGUUCCGAACUGUCAAACGUUUUAAUCUUCUGUCUCAAGUCACUUAUUUGGUGGAACAUGACAACAUAUGGUCGCAUUCUGUUAUGUUUUCAACUUUUAUUCAUAAAAAUGACGGUCGACUGAAGUUCAACAGGUAAACACAUCAUUUCACAAAUGAAAGUGCAAACAGUGCAAGUGCAGUGCAUAUAUAAUACACACAUCAUAAUCUCUUAAUCACAAUCUCACUCUUUUUUUUUUCUUCUUUUUUUUUUUAAGCGGAAUGUGCAAAUAGUUCAGCGGUUGAGUCAUGACCACGACUGAUAAAUUCAGAAUGUGCCAAGGGAGAGUUUCUUUUUCAUAUGUUUUCCUUCUGAGGUCGGAGAGAAUCUGUACAGUAAUGGUGAUGAUAUACAGUAGUGCUUUUGCCCCCUCGGGGGGGCUGGUGAGAAAGACGCCUGAGUGGGAGGGAGACACCCCCCCCCAAAUCCUCCACCCCCUUUCCCCACAAAUGUCUCCAUGGCUCCACUUCUUCCCAGCCCCACUCUUCCCCCGUCUUGCUCAAGUGUUUGGACCAGACAGCCACGGUACCAUACAAGAUGAGAAGUGUACAUUAGUAAAAAAAAAAAUAUAUAAUAAAAAAAUACCCCGGCUGCGUGUGAAUGUCCAUCGGACUCCUUGCACCCUCGACGCCCGCGCCGGUGAUGCCAUGCCGCGGGGUCACGGUGGCGAUGAGAGUGGCGGCGGCGGCGAUGCUGGUUUCGGUGUCGGUGUUGUCGGUUCCGGAGUCUGGCUCAAGACUUCCCCGGGACGCCUGGGAAGGGACUUCCCCCCGAGCGACGUGGAGUUCGGCCAGAGGACUAUGAACCACGCGGUUCGGACCGGAGCCGGGGACGCGCUGGGGCCGCCCGGUGCCGCCGACCGGAGGAAGCAGGGCGCCCGGCUCAGCCUGCUGGGCAAGCCGCUGACGUACAGCGCACAAGGGGGCAGGAGGAACGCGCGCUACCGAUGGCUCCAGAACUACCUGUACAAUGUCCUGGAGAGACCCCGGGAGUGGGCGUUCGUCUACCACGCCUUUGUAUUCAUCCUGGUGUUUGGAUGCCUGGUCCUGUCCGUGUUUUCCACCAUUCCUGCUCACCAGGAAUUCUCCUCGUACUGUCUUCUCAUUCUGGAGUUUGUGAUGAUCGUUGUGUUUGGUCUGGAGUACAUCAUCCGAAUAUGGAGCGCCGGUUGCUGCUGUCGCUACCGAGGCUGGCAAGGACGCCUCCGCUUUGCCCGGAAGCCAUUUUGUGUCAUCGACAUCAUCGUACUGAUCGCCUCCGUCGCCGUGAUUUCCGCCGGCAGCCAGGGCAACAUCUUCGCCGCCUCGGCCCUGCGCAGUCUCCGCUUCCUGCAGAUCGUGCGGAUGGUGCGGAUGGACCGGCGGGGAGGCACCUGGAAGCUGCUGGGAUCCGUCGUCUACGCGCACAGCAAAGAGCUGGUGACGGCUUGGUACAUCGGUUUCCUGGUGCUCAUCUUCUCCUCCUUCCUGGUCUACCUGGUGGAGAAGGAGGAAAACAAGGACUUUGCCACCUAUGCCGAUGCUCUGUGGUGGGGCACGAUCACACUAACCACCAUCGGCUACGGCGACAAGACGCCGCAGACUUGGACCGGGAGGCUUUUGUCCGCCGGCUUCGCUCUCCUGGGAAUCUCCUUCUUUGCCUUGCCCGCUGGCAUCCUGGGUUCAGGUUUUGCCCUGAAGGUACAGGAGCAACAUCGGCAAAAGCACUUUGAAAAGAGACGGAAUCCUGCAGCCAGCCUCAUCCAGUGUGUCUGGCGUAGUUACGCUGCCGAUGAGAACUCGGUUUCCGUUGCAACCUGGACGCCUCAUUUGAAGGCGUUGCAUACCUGCAGCCCCGCAAAGAAAGAGCAGGGCGAGACCGCUUGCAGUCAAAAGUUGAGCUUCAAAGAGCGGGUCCGCAUGGCGAGCCCGCGGGGGCAGACCGUGAAAAGUCGCCAGGCGUCCGUCAACGACCGCCAGCGGUGUUCCCCCGGCAACGAGGCGGCGAGCGGCGGUGGCGAGCUGAUGGGUCAAAGCCCCGCCAAGGUGCAAAAGAGCUGGAGCUUCAACGACCGCACACGAUUCAGACCCUCGCUCAGGCUCAAGAGCCAGGCGCGCACCACAGCUUCGGACGUGGACGCUGGCAUGACCACGGAGGAUUCCCAGGACGAGCGAGGCUGCCACUGCGACGUCACGGCCGAGGACCUGUCCGCUCCCCUCAAGGUGGUCAUCAGAGCUGUCAGAAUCAUGAAUUUCCACGUGGCCAAGAAGAAGUUCAAGGAGACGCUGCGUCCGUACGACGUGAAGGACGUGAUCGAGCAGUACUCCGCGGGACACCUGGACAUGCUGUGUCGCAUCAAGAGCCUCCAGACCAGACUAGACACUGUUGUAGGUCCUGCUCCGAGGCCCCUCAGCAGGCACGUCAAGACCUUUUCCUCCCCGUCCCUGCAUUUGUAUUACAGUCAGGCCCGGAGGAAGUCCUCUGCACCGGGACAGGCCAACUUGAGUAGUCGACUCAGGAACAUGUCCUCCCCCGCCCUGCAUUACAAUUACGGCAACAGGAAGAAGAGCUCGGCCUCAGGGGUGGACCAAAUCCUGGGAAAAGGCCAAAUUGCCGUGGAGAAGAAGAUGAAGGACAAACUCAACCCGGACGGAGAUGCUCACGACGGCGUCAGCAUGCUGGGCCGCGUGUGUAAAGUGGAGAGGCAGGUUUCUUCCAUCGAGUCCAAGUUGGACUCCCUGCUGGACGUGUAUCGCCAAGUCCUCCAGCGAGGUCCGUCUGCGUUGGCCCUGUCCUCCCUGCCCCUCUUCGAGCUGGACCGGCACCGCGACUCCGACUACCCGACCUCCAUCCUGGACCGGGACCAGGAAGGAAGUGACGGCAACGCCCACCCGAGGGGACUGCGUCUCAUCCUGCCCCCGGCCGACAGCGACGAGGGCCCCCCGGACUCUGCGCCUCCGUCCUACCCGCCGUCCACCGCCUCGCUUUCCCCGUCGCCCCUGCUGCCGCCCGACAGCCCCUACCCCACGCUGGUCACCCCCAACGGCGCCAGGCGGGCGCACUUCCCCGACCUGCCUCCUCCGCCUCUUUCCGCUGGGGGCUUCACCCUCCAGUUGCCUCCCGUCAUGCACCCCUCCCACCUGCGCUGCCCCGUCCCGGACGGCGCGGUAGCCCACAGGGGCGGCCCGGGCCCCUCCGUCGUGGUGGGACCCGGCGAGGAGCCCGGCUUCGUGCAACUACGGGAGAAGCCCGGCUCCAAAUCCGACGCCGCCUGGAGGCGACACAUGAGCCUGGAGGUGGACCCCCUGCUCGUGUUGUCGCCGGGCGACGUCCCGUCGGCUCCCGACUGGGGGGGCGCCCUCGGGAAGUCCCUUUCCAUGCACAAUCUCAAUCGGCACGGCGAAGACGACUGGAGCGGGAGCGGACUCUUCAUUUGCGAGCGCAAACUGGCGCCCGCCGGCGAUCAUUCGGACCCUGACAGGAGCCCAGCUGCGGACCAGGAUGCGCUCGCUCCAGACUUCCUCGCUCAGUCGCCGCGUAUCCAGCUGGCAUGACCACACACACACUCAUACAAUCACUGUAUGCCACUCUUGGGGAGGCCACUUUAAAAGCCUUUCUAACAGGAAAUGACUUAUUGCUUGCGAUUGUACAAUUUCUUGCUAUAGUUUGUUCAUUUUCAUCAACUAUGUCUCAAACGAUGUAAUUCAUAGGCAAAAGAAACACCUUGAUACACUACUUGCAAAAUCUUAAUGGCAAUUUCAGGAUGAACCUAAACGACACCACAGUGAAUGAUAGUUUACAGAGGUUCGAAUUGUGUUCGCCUGUCAAGCUUCUAGUGAAGUUUAAGUUCUUCCGGAAAUUUCACCCAAAAGCCCUUUUGUGAGUGGCGUAUCUGUGAAAAUGACCAAAUGCAUGUCAGGCAAAUGCAGAGGAUUUGUCAAAGUAAUUUAAAAACAAUAUACAGCUGGAAAAAGAACUAAAUACUGUAUGAGUAAAUUACUAAAAACUAUGGCAGAAAAAUUGUGAUUUCAUGAGCAUGUUUGAAUAGAAUCUAACAUUAAAAGCAGGUAACACGGAAUUGCGAGUCAGCAUUAAAUGAUGAAUGAAUAUAGCUAUAGUUGUGACAAGCAAAUGCAUGACAUAUAUAAUUAAUAUACCUAAAAAAAAUUGGGGAGGAAAAUAUGAUUUCAUUAGAGUAUUUAGGUUUAAAUCAGAUGUAAAACGGGAAAGAAAUUAUGAAAAUCACAGAGAAUCAUUGGACAAUGAUUCAUAAACAUAGCUUCAUUUAUUUUGCAAAAUGCAGGUAUAAGUAAUAUACCCCCCAAAAAUAUGCCAAGGAAAUAUGAGUUCAUGAGGAUUUUUGAAGAUUAAAAGCAAAUUCAAAUUUAAAUUUAAAGCAGAUUUCAAUUAAAAACAAGGAACUGUAAGUCACAUUUGUUUGAAAUAAAUAUGUCAGGCAAAUGCAGAGAAAUUAUGGAAUCAACGUGAAAAAGUCUAACACAGAAGCAUAUAAAAAAAAGAAGUAUGUUAGAAAGAUUAGGAAUUUUUUUACAUUGGUAAAAAUUUAAAAAGCAGCCUUCACUAGAGAUGAGCGUUGAUUACAUUUUCUUGAUGGAUGAAUUCGUAAAUUCCCGAUUAUUUUUUAAUAUGUUUGAAUUCAUUCAUAUAUACUAAUAUAAAUUGAUCAGAGGAUGUUUGGGAGGAUGGAGCCUAGCUUCUUCUUUACAUAACGCAGUUGAGAGUGAAUCAACGGCGCCUCUGCUGGUUGAAACCGAGUAGAACACUCCAUCUCGUCACCAUAAAGAACAUCUCCACAAAAAUGAAAAUUCCACAAAAAAUAUCAGUUCUUAAAAAAUAAAUUAUUCUGCCCAUCCCUCAUCAACGAUGAGAAGAUGAAUUAUGACUUGUACCGUUGUCGUUUAUUGCAAUUUAAAUUAUCGUUCACUCGCUCUCUUAGUCUCUCACCAAAUGUCUUUAAUCAUGCUGCAUUUAAAAAAAAAAAAGUGCAUGCCGAACUGAAAUAUUCACAGUAAUAAUGACUAUAAUUAUAAUACUACAGGCCUAAAACAUACUGUAACUUACAGUUAGCAUGGCAAUAUGUAUUCAGGACACGGACGUCUUUAUGGAAAGUCAUUUCAGCAUUUAUUCCAUCAGUGCACUAGUAGACCGACUAGGCUCAUGAGUAGAAUGACUGUUUGACUAGUAAAAAAAAUAAUUCUGCACAUUUGUAGGACAAUUUGGCUUAUUAGAAGGACAAUUACAUGUUAAUAGUGAGGCAAAGCUAAUAAUGGAAAUUUUGGUGCUACUAGCAAGGUCCAGGAGGCUACUAGUAACUGACACAUGACGAACAGUUGGGGCGAGUAGUGUUACAUGUGCAGCACCGGUAAUUUACUAGGAAGGUUUAAUUGUGUACUAAUAAGCCAAAAGUGGCACUAUUAGUGGGGAAAAAAACAUUACUGGAAGGAAACAGUGGUUCGACUAGCGCGCUGUAGUCGUCGUACUAGUGCGACGAAUUGUCCUACUAAUAAGAACAAACAUCGUACUAGUACAGGGACCUGAAGCCGGAUACUAAGGACAUGGAAUACAUUCUCAAAGGUUUUCCAAUAUGUUUGUUUACGACACUAGUGAACCAAUUUGACUGGUGGUUUGAUUUUGAUGCCGCGUACGCGAUGUACGCUACGUGUCGCAAUGCUAACAGGGAGAGAAGGCUCUGCACUGCAUGUUGUCUCCCCAGAACACUAAAUGUUACUUUCAAUAUCUAUAAAUUAUAUUCUUAAUCAUUUGAUUGUAGAUAGAACUUUUUAAAGAUUUGGAUUGAAUUUCAUGUCCAACUUUUGUUGACAACCCCUGUAUUUGGGUGCUGGUGGCCUGCAUGUAUUAAUGACAAUGAAGCCACACCCCCUGAAAUGUGGCCUGCCCAAUCCCACCGCAAAGCUUUUUUUUUUUUUUACAUAUUGGAUAUAUUGUGCUCAUUUAAAAGCUUAUUCAAGCGAACCCCUGUGUAUAGAACAUUUUCAAACAACGUACAGAGGAAGAACAAACAACAAAAUUCACUUACACUUCAUAUAUUCACUCUGCACUAUGGGAACAACAACCACUCUAUUACAGGAGCUGAAUUGGAGACCUUCUCUGCCUCUUCUUGUUGCUCUUAAUUUCGCUGCACCUCUUCCAGUCGACUUCAGUGCUGCGAAAUUCAGACUUGCCUCUACCGUAACCCAUAGCAAAACAAUCGCAGAAAAAUCUACGAUAUAGCGCGGACGCGUGAAUCAUGAAGUUGCAGAUGGAUUUUUAGAAGCGCAAAACUAACACAAGAUAAACGCAAGGCUCUUGAUGAAGCUGUGUGGCUGUCAAAAAUCAACUCGUUUGCGCGGCGAUAUUGUUGCAUUAUCGGUAAAGUUAACCCGGAUGCUAACGCCAAGGCUAGCUAUGUGCUCCGUUUCGCAACGUACCCAACUGCAAAUGUUUUAUUUUUUUUUUAAAUAUAUGUAUGAACACAUAUUUGUGUUGCAGUCUGUGACAACGAGGCCCAGCUUUUAAACCCUUUUUGAAAAAUUGUGCAUCUUGUUAAAAUCUUCCUAUUUCAACUGUUAAGAACGUUCUUCUAUUGCUCGAGUCUCAGAUUGCCUAUGAAAUGAUUCACAGUAGUCUUAAAUGUAUUUAACGCGUCAUGGACUAACCUCAUUCCCCCUCCAUUAUAUUCUAAUGUUUGCCUAGUAACAAGACUGUACUAUUUUUUUUAACAGGCCAGUGUAUUUAAAUAUGUUGUUGCUGGUACAAUGGAAUACAAAAAGUACAGUGGAAAGAGCGCGUGGAGCCUGAAAAUGUGACACACCACACUAGUUGAAUGUGUCUUAAUGUCGGAGAAUAUUGCUUGAACAAAGAAAGAAUUUGCGUUUAAGAAUCUGUUCAUUGCUUAAUGGUGCCUUUUUAUUUGUGGAGUCUCCCAAUAGAUGCCACCUUAUAUGUUUAUCCGUCGACUAAUUUGGGGAUCAUUUGUCAAUCUAGUUCAUUUAACUCACAUAGCUCUCACCACAGAUUUGUUUUUUGUUUUUUAAAUAAUGCAUUUUCUCUAUACUGCUUGAAUGCUAAUUUAUUGUUUAUUAUUACACAACGGGCCUUAAAAAAGCUUGACAAUGUUAACACUAUUUUUACGUUAAAAUUAAUUUAUUACAGGUGCACAUUAUAAUUAUCUGUAUGAGAAAAAGCCAAAAUGAUUUUAUUAUUCUUUAAUAAAACAUUUUAAUUGAGUGUU